AUGUUUGGCAAAAGUGUUGAUGACAACAUCCUCAUCACUUUGGAGAAACCAACAUGGCUUAUUGCAAUGAGAAACAUGUUUGUUGUUAUCCAUGUUAUUGGAAGUUAUCAAAUAUAUGCAAUGACAAUGUUUGACAUGAUUAAAACUCUCUUGGUGAAAUUGCUAAAUGUCGAGCCUACAAAAAUACUUCGUUUUAUUAUACGAAAUGCGUAUGCGGCGGCUUUCACAAUGUUCAUUGCAAUUACCUUCCACUUUUUCGGUGGUCUACUAGGAUUUUUUUUUGGAGGAUUUGCUUUCUCUCCAACAACAUACUUUCUACCAUGUGUCAUGUGGCUUUUAAUAUACAAACCAAAGAGAUUCAGCUUAUCAUUGUGGUGGAACUACAUCUGCAUUGUGUUUGGCGUAUUUUUGAUGGUGUUUGCACCUAUUGAAGGUUUGUGA